CUCACGCAGGCCACACUAUCUCACACAAACAUUGCCCCUCUCACUGCACAAAUCUCUCUCUCUCUCUCUCUCUCUCCACCAUGGCCGCCCUCGUCGAAUCUGCUUGGAAGUACUUGAUCACACAUUUCAGCGAUUUUCAACUGGCUUGUUUGGGAAGUUUCUUUCUACAUGAAAGCGUUUUCUUCUUAUCUGGGCUUCCUUUUAUAUGGCUCGAGAGGGCUGGUUGGAUGAGCAAGUACAAGAUUCAGGCAAAAAAUAAUAGCCCGGCAGCUCAGGAGAAAUGUAUUGUUCGGCUGUUGCUUUAUCAUUUUGGUGUCAAUCUACCAGUUAUGUUUUUCUCAUAUCCUGUAUUCAAAUACAUGGGCAUGCGUAGUAGUCUCCCCCUACCGUCCUGGAAAAUAAUUCUAAUUCAAAUAAUCUUUUACUUCAUUUUGGAGGACUUUAUAUUCUACUGGGGACAUAGAAUAUUGCACACAAAGUGGUUAUAUAAGCAUGUUCACAGUGUUCAUCAUGAGUAUGCGACACCGUUUGGACUUACUUCUGAAUAUGCUCAUCCGGCUGAGAUACUUUUCCUUGGGUUUGCAACCAUUUCCGGUCCUGCGAUCACUGGGCCCCACCUGUUAACUCUCUGGUUAUGGAUGGUUCUGAGAGUCCUAGAGACAGUUGAGGCGCAUUGCGGUUACCAUUUUCCGUGGAGUCUUGCGAACUUUAUGCCAUUGUAUGGGGGAGCUGAUUUUCAUGACUAUCAUCACCGAUUACUGUACACCAAAUCUGGAAACUAUUCAUCAACUUUCACAUACAUGGACCGGAUAUUUGGAACUGAUAUAGGCUACAGAAAGUUGAAAGCAUUGAAAAACACAGGAGUUGAAGACAGCAGCGAGCCAAAGAAACAACUAUAAUAAAUUUUUGGGAAUAUCCGGGAAUGAUUACAGAGUUGAUUUGCAACUUAAGGACUUAUUUGAAAAAUGUCUGUCCUAUCAACGCCUUAUGUGUUCUAGUGUUUUUGUAGUGGCUGGUCACUAGUCUACAAAGUGCUGAUGCCUUUUUUCUGGACAUUCAUACCCUGUUAUUAAAAAACUUCAUUAGUGACAGUGAUUUCAAUUUUGGGAUG